AUGUCGAUGUCUAUUAAAGAUCAAAACAAUAAAUAUCAACAGAUAAUUGGUAAAGAUGGCGACAAAGCAUCCGAAAUAAAAAAAAUCGAAUGUGAACAACGUUUAAUUGUAGAACGAAUGCUUCGUUUAGAAGUACAAAAAGAACGUUUACAAAAUUUAUUAGAUGUUCUACAAUCUUUAGAUUCUGAUCAAGACGAUGAUGAAAGUAAUUAA